CAGCUCAAAGCUGUUGCACCCAACUUUACUCCCAUCCCAUGGGUCCCCAAAUUAAAUUUGAUUUUAAUGGGUUGGAAUUUUAAUCAAUGUCCAACUUCAUAAGAAAUUUAAAUUUAAUGACGAUUAAACUUUUAUUUUUCUCAAUUUUUUUUACAGGAAUUUCACCCAAUUUUUAGUAAAUAAUAAGAAAAUAUAUAUAUUUCAACAUUUUUUUCCCAAUAUAAAAUUACAAUGGCUCUUCACCACCACCAGUAGAAAUGUUACGGAAAAUAGCUAGAAGAAUUGUUUAUGCAGAAUAAACUUCUCUCUGCUGUCCUCCCAUGACUACAGAAACGCUCAUCUUUCUUUUCCUGCUUUUCUCCCAAACUUGCAAUGGAAGGGAUACAAGUCUCUGUGCCCCUUCUUCAUGUGGCAAUAUCCACAACAUUAGUUACCCUUUCCGAUUACAAACUGAUCCAAACAAUUGCGGAGACCAUAGAUUUGAGCUUUCUUGUGAAAAUAAUUUCACGGUGUUAAAUCUAUUCCGAGGAAGAUACUAUGUUCAUUCCAUUAAUUACGAUAACUUCACAAUCCGACUGGCGGAUGCCGGCGUCCAUCAAGAUGAUUGCUCCUCCUUUCCUCGUUUUCCUUUACCAAUUGAUUAUUAUUAUUAUGAUUAUGGGAUUGUUCCAUAUUCCUAUUAUAAAUACCAAUGGACAAAGUCAGAAGAAGACAAAUGGGAUAAGUUGGAAGAACCUCCCAUGUUAUCGCAGAGGAUUAUUUUCAUCAAGUGCCCAAAUCCAGUGUACUCUCCCCUUUACGUGGACACCGCUCCUUGCGUUUUACGUGGAUUCAAUUCUUCUGUAUCUGCUUUGAAGAGGCACUACUCUUAUGUAAAUAUAGGAGACAUGAAGGUAUCUGAUUUGAAGGAGUUGUGCAGCGUGGACAUGAUGAGUUUGUUUCCUGUUACGACAAAGAAGAAUAUGUCCUUUAUUGAAAUUCACAGGGAACUUGCAUUUGGGUUUCAGCUUUCCUGGCACAAGUACUGUAACGCCCUCACCGUAGAUAAAUCACAUUUUAUCGUUCGACGAGUAAUGUCUGUUCGGACAAUGGGAUGUCCUAACUACACUUAA